AUGCUACGUUGUACAAUAUAACUCAAAACAUCAAUGUAAAGUUCUUUUUAAGGUGUUGCAGGUAUAACAACAAAAAGUUUAAGGACAUUUAGUGCAUUUAAGUAUACAUGUGUAUGUGUUUUAAACACGCUAUGUGAAUUCUUUGAAAGGUUCGAAUCUCAAUAUCUCGUUACAAGAAAGCAGACAAACAGAAGUUUGAACAAAUUAUUCUUAUAUCGUUUUUAAGAUGUUUAAUUUUAUGAAAAAAGGCGUAUCAGUGGCAUCAGGAAGUGCUAGCGAUAGGGAGAAGGCAGAGAGGGAAGAAAAAGAAAAACGGAAGCGUGAAAAGAAACAACGCAAAGAAGGCAAACAUGCAUCGGGGGUUCCCGGCAGUAUGAGCACCGAGGAGUUAUUGAGACUGGAUGAGGCAAUACAUGUUCGACGUUCGCUUAAAAUAAGAGGCCGUCGUAAGGAAAAGGAAAAAUUGCCCAGUGGAAUAACAGCAGAUUAUAGUGCUGAGUUUUUUGCGGCAUUAAACGCGGAUGCUUCUGGUGGCAGUGAAUUAGAUCGGGGAAAUGAGGAAAUUGUAGCAUCUGUAAACACGACUAUAGAGAGUCGAUAUAAUGGUAGCGGCAAUACGAGCAUACAUUCCAUUGCAGAAUCAUCAGCUUACAUGGGAGCUAUAGGAGACGUCUCGAAGAGUCGUUUCAUGCUUCCUGUUCCACCAAAACCACCUAAACGUGGUAUUCUUAAAGGAUCUCGCAGUAAUAUUAGUAAUAUACACGAGGAAAUAACGGUGGCAUCUCCAGAUGCCCUGAUUCGUAAUACAAUUCAAAAUGAAAUGAUUUUUGAUGGUAAUCGAAGUAUGGGUGGAGCUGGAUCUAUUGGCUCGAGUUCAAGUCAACAUGGAACAUCAUUUACGUCAGUAGAAAGUUUACGAAGCGAUGAAGGCGGUAUACAACGGGCCAUGACUUUGCCAACCAGUGCUCGUUAUACAACACAUGUUCCACAUGCAAAUCUUAGAGUAAUGACCUCACCCUCCCCAAGCGCCGAUAGUCUUACAGAUACCACAAAUUCCUCAUUUGCCACGCCUCCAUUUUCACUAAGCCCCAUUGGAGAAUCUCAGGGUAUAGAGCGAUGGUCUAGAGUGCAAGCAUUUGAAGAUACUGAUUUACCCCUUCCUCCAAUUAAGCUGGUUAAAUUACCACCGCCGAGAUCAUUAACUAUUCGACGCAAAAAGUCUCCCCGUCAAGAUUUUGGCUUUAGUUUACGUAAGGCCAUUUGUUUGGAUCGUACAGAAUCAUUGGCAAAUCCGGUUUUUAAACCUGUAAUUUUUGCGGAACCCGGAGCUGGUGGUAGUUCUACCGGUUUGUUACCUGGUGAUCGUUUACUGAAAGUCAAUGGAACUCCUGUAUGUGAUUUAUCACGGGAAAUAAUUAUUGAAAUGAUUAGGAAUAGUGGAGAAUCCGUUACUGUUGAAGUUCAACCCGUUUCUGAACUAGUUGAACUUAGUCGUCGUUGCAUGCCCCAAAAUAAUAUAAAUGAUGUCGACGAUUCUGAUCGUGCUCUUCUCAAUGUUAACAAUUGCAACACUUUAAAACGAAGUGCAAGUAAACGGAUAAAGUCUCGCAAUGCAAAUGAAUUGCAACAACAAAAUUCACAGGAAGAAAACUCUAUUUCGACUACAAACGAAGCAAACUGCAAUAAUGACCAUGUGUGGUUGGUACAUCGUGGCGGUUUCUGUGCUGCUUUACGUUUGUCACAGACCAAAUCCCAUUUGGAUAAUCACAAGGUUGUCAUACAACUCUUGCACAAUGGCGAAGAGAUGACUGUAGACGAGGAUGAUAUAGAGAAACAAAAUUCUCCAUCGUUAGACUUAGUGGAAGAUAUAUGUGAAUUGAAACAUUUAAAUGAGGCGUCAGUUUUACAUUGCCUACGCCAACGCUUCGCCAGCAAUCUCAUUCAUACCAAAGCAGGACCGACAUUGUUAGUAGUUAAUCCAAUGGCACCAUUAUCAUUAUAUUCUGAAAAGGUGGUGUCGAUGUUUCGCGGUUGCAAGACAGAAGAUAUGCCUCCGCACAUAUAUUCUUUGGCGCAAACCGCCUACAGGGCAAUGUUAGAAUCUCGUCGCGACCAAAGUCUUAUAUUCAUGGGUCGUUCUGGUUCUGGCAAAACAACCAGUUUUAAACACGCACUUUAUUACUUGGCGUUGGCAGCUGGUUCCGUUAAUAAUUUCCUAAAUGCUGAAAAGGUGAAUUCGGUUAACAUCAUACUUGAGGCUUUCGGAAAUGCAAAAACAUGUUUAAAUGCGAAUGCUACACGUUUAACCCAGUUAUUGAGUUUAGAUUUUGAUCAAUCUGGACAGAUAGCAUCGGCGUCUUUACAGGUUUUAUUGCCCGAAAGACAAAGAGCUGGACGAAGGUUGAACAAUGAACACUGUUUUCACAUAAUGUCCCGUUUGUUGGCUGGUGCUGCAGGAUCUUUGCAAAAGGAGUUGCAUAUUGAUAGCCUACCCGCCGAAGAUAAUCACCCGUUUGUAUCAUUGUCACAAAAACUUGAAGAUCGACAGCGUGCAGCAGCAGAAUUUAUGAGAGUAGUUCAAGCAUUUGAGACAUUAAAUAUUGAUCCAAAAGCUGUUAGGGGCAUUUGGAGUAUUUUAGCUUCGAUAUAUCAUUUGGGAUUGGCUGGAGUGACGGUUGUUGGAGCAGGUCCUACAGCAAGGACUCAAUUUGCAAAUCCAUCUGCGGCUCGAAAGGCAGCUGCAUUAUUAGGCGUGUCGUUGGAAGAUUUAUCGGGCGCUGCUUUUAAUGUAAACGCAUCUGGCAAUACAAGUCCAUCGAAGACAUCUGGAGACAAUAUUGAGUGCGCAUGGGAAAGUUUAGAUGCUUUAGUUAUUGGAUUAUAUUCGGAAGCUCUAGCUGCGGUUGUAGCCCUCAUAAACAAAGCAAUUUGCACUUCAGCUCAUACCAUUGCGUCUAUUGUUUUAGUUGAUACACCAGGAUUUCAAAAUCCUGCAAGCUGCGGUUCUCAAAUAGGCGCUACAUUGUCGGACUUGAAACACAAUUAUCUACAGGAACGUUUACAAUUGUUAUUUCAUCACAACACUUUAGUCGCACCCCGUGAUCGAUAUGCACAGGAAUUAGUUGAAAUUGACACUGAAUGUGUGGGUGAUACGAAUCCAGGACCCUUAGUUUCACUAAUCGAUAAAGCUCCACAAAACCACGUUGUUCGUUCUUCUCAAAGAGAUCUGCGAGAACAAGAUCGACGAGGUUUAUUGUGGCUAUUAGAUGAAGAAUCAAUUUAUCCCAAUUCCAAUGACGAUACAUUCCUUGAGCGUUUAUUUUCCCAUUAUGGUGAUCGUGAGCAUCAAACAUUAUUGCGCAAAUGCACAGGUCCAAAGCAAUUUGUUCUUCAGCAUUUACAAGGAACAAAUCCCGUCUUGUACAGUGUUAAUGGAUGGGUACGUAAUAGUCGAGAGCAUCCCGCCAUACGCAAUGCUGGUUCUUUGCUUCAAGAUUCGUCUAGAGAUGAAAUCAGCCGCCUUUAUAUUGGUUCGCUUACCCGGAGUUCUGGCGGUAUAGUAUUUUGUGGUUCAUUUGCUGGCCUUGAGGGCACUCAAUCAUUAAGAAGAGUAUCAAGUAUUAGAAGAUCCUUUACUUCUGCAGGAGUAAAACGCAAUUCAAUCAUGUUACAAGUUAAAUUUACUGUCGAUGGCAUCAUCGAUACUUUAAGAAGAACCGGUACACAUUUCGUUCACUGUUAUCUUUUGCAACAUAAUGCUGGACAACACACUGCAUUCACAUCCAAUGGUUCCCCCAAUACACUAGCUGUUCAAAAUGCCAAAGAUGAUUUGGUUAAUAUACCGUUAUUGCGUAGUCAGUUGAGGGGAUCCCAGGUUUUGGACGCCGCUAGAUUACAUCGUUUAGGUUUUCCAGAAUCUGUUCCCCUGGGGGAAUUUGUUAGACGUUUUGGUUUGUUGGUAGGCGAAUCAAACAAAGAUAUUACAGUCGAACAAAUAUUGUCUUCCAACGAAAUUGACCCGACCACCUAUCGCAUUGGACCAAGUCAGAUUUUAUUCCGUUCAGGUGUUUUGAGCGAAUUAGAAGCAAAACGCGAUGAACUAUUAUCAGAUCGCAUUAUUCAAUUGCAGGCGUACUGUCGUGGCCACCUCGCACGAAAGGCAAUGGCUCAAAGAAGAGUACAAGAACUUGCUGUUCGUUGCAUACAACGUAAUGUUAAAGCAUUCCUUGUUGUGAGAGAUUGGCCAUGGUGGCGACUUUUAGUACGUGUUAUGCCCCUAUUAAAUGUUCACCGUACAGAGGAACAACUUAAAAUCGCUAAUGAAGAACUACUAACUCUACGAGCAAAACUAGAGAGAAUCGAAAAUGAUCGUAACGAACUAAAGACUGAAAAUCAAAAACUAGAAGCCAAGUUAUCCGAAAUGACGGUAGAUUUAGCUGAAGAACGUUCUACAGCCAAUAUGGCAACGGAACGUUUGGAAGCCGAAACCGGAGAGCGACUCCGUCUGGAAAAAGAACUGUCGGAGAAGGAAAACAAAGUUAAGAGUUUACAAGAAACUACCGAAAAACUGGAAAUGGAAUUAAUUUGUGCCAAAUCGGACCUGAAUGGCAUUUCUGAAGAAGAAGAAGAUCUAGAAAACGAAGACGGCAGUUCAUCUGGCAGUAUAUAUAAACUUAAAUAUGAACGUGUAGCAAAAGAACUUGAAUUUACCAAAAGAAGAUUACAAACACAGCACGAGCAUGAUUUGGAACAGCUAAUUGGUCUAAAAAAACAAUUGGAGAAGAAGCUGUCCGAUGCUUACGAAGAGGUCGAAGAACAACGUCAGGUCGUUGGUCAAUGGAAACGCAAGGCUCAGAAAAUGACCAAUGAAAUGAACGAUUUAAGAAUGCUUUUAGAAGAGCAAAGCGGCCGCAAUAAUUUAUUGGAGAAAAAGCAAAGAAAGUUCGAUUCUGAAUGUCAAGCAUUACAAGACACCGCUCGUCAAGAACGUCAAUCGAAGGAACGUUUAUCCCGAGAAAAUGAUAUACUCAUUGCUGAAAAAUUUACGCUGGAACAAUCAUUAGCGGACACUCGCCUUGAGCUCGAUCUUAAGGAAGAAAAGUUAGCAUCAUUACAACGAGAGUUGGAGGAAAUGACAUUUGGUGGCGGUACUGAAGAAGAGAUUGCUCAGUUAAGGCGAUCCAAAAAUGAAUUGGAUAGACGAGUCAAGGAACAAGAAGAGGAGUUGGACGAAAUGGCAGGUCAAGUUCAAUUGUUGGAACAAGCUAAAUUACGAUUGGAAAUGACAUUGGAAACAAUGCGCAAAGAAGCGCGAAGAGAGGCUCAACAGCGAGACGAAGAAUUGGAAGAAGCUCGUGGUAGUGCAUAUAAGAAAAUUAAAGCCCUUGAAUGUCAACUAGAGACUGAGCAUGAAGAAAGAACUCUGUUAUUGAGGGAAAAACAUGAAUUGGAACGUCGACUUUCAUCAAUGGAGGACCAAGAUCGUGUUGAUCGACAAGCUGAGGAGGCAGCUAAUCAAAAAAUCCGUCGUGAUUUGCGUAAAUACAAAGCUCUACUUAAAGAUGCUCACGCUCAAUUGGAAAGACUUAAGGCUGACACCCCUGGCAAAACUUUAAUACGUCAACUUCGUAAUCAACUUGAGGACGCUGAGUCUGCCCGCACUUUAGCAAUGAAAGCACGACAAACUGCCGAAGCAGACUUGGCUGAAGUUCAAUCGAUGUACGAAGAGUCCAAUAGAGCUCGCAAUGAAGCUGAGGAUCGAGCCAACGCAGCUCAACGUGAGCGCACUGAAUUGCAAGCCCAAAUAGAAGAAAACGAAGAAGAAUUGGCCGAGCUAAUGAAAAAGUACAGUGCUGCGGUUAAACAGCUAAACACCGAGCAGAUUGCAGCUUCCGAAUAUGAAUUUAAAUUAUCGGAAUUGGAAGCAGAAAGAAAUAAUCUUAAAGAGCAAAUAACAGAAUUGCAACAUAGACUGGAAAAUAUUGAAAAUUUGACAGAUCCCUCGGCGGCUAUGAUGUCGAAACGAUUGGAGUUACGUACCAAAGAAUUGGAAUCAAGAUUAGAAUUAGAACAGGCCACUAGAGCUCGUUUAGAAGUUCAAGUAAAUCGUCACAAAGAAGCCUUAGAACGGCUACAAAAUGAAGUUUCACAAGCUAAAGUUCGAGAACUACAGGCCCAAGAUGCACUGAAAAAGUCUCAGAAAAGUUUAAGGGAACUGCGCGAAGAGUUCCACGUUGUAUCUGGUAGAGAACAAGAGUCUGUAACAAAACGGAAGGAUUUAGAAAAGAAAAUAGAACAAGUUGAAUCGGAAUCAUCUGCACUGAAGAAUGAUUUGCGAUUAGCUUUACAACGUAUUGCUGAUUUACAACAAGCAAUGGAAGAAGGCGAUGAAGAUUUAACAGACAGCGAGGAUUCACAAACUUCGGAUGCCUCUCUUAGCGAUCUUGAAGACCGUCUAAAACCCAUACAAGUACGACGAUCAUCUCUGCAAAAGCAAAAUGGAGGCUCAGUUAGUACCACCACCACAUUAGUCCGAGAGAAAGCCGAUAAUAGCCCCAGAAUAACAUUGACUUCACCCUCCUCUCCACAUAUACACAAAUUGGCACUGACUGCCAAGAAAUUAAAUGAUGAUGACCCUAAACAAUCCCUAUUGGUAACAACAAAUAUCGACUCUCUUAAAAAUGGUGAUGUUUCUUAAGUCUACUGCGAGUAACUACGAAUUCAAGUACAUAAACAAAUUGGUUGUAAUUUUAUUUAAAAGGUAAAAACUGGCACAAUGUUUUUAACAAGCUUUAAUCUUUAAAAUGAAACCCAGAAAAAUUAAAGAUCUGAAAGCACUACGUGUUUACGUUUUGUUAAAAUAAUAAAUGGAAAAUUAUAUCUUAAACAUAAAAUAUAAAAAUAACAUGAAAAGAAAAAAAACACCACCUAAAGAUAAGUUAAUUUUUGUAAUAGAAAUUAUAACAUGAAUAAUCACUAAAAAAAACAUUAUUUUUAUAAUACAUUCGAAAUUCAAACUGUUUCCUCAUCAUUAAUUGAACGAAUAAAAAAAAUAUGCAAUUUGUAGAAAAGGUAUGGAAUCCUUACAAAAAAUAUACACUACAGUAAUUGAAACAUCUAGUAUAUUCUAAUUUAUUUUUUCUUUAGUUAAAUCGAUUGUUUUUAUUAUUAUUUUAUUUCAUCUUGUAUUUAUCAAUGUAUAGAUUUUUUGUUUCUCUAUUAUUAACUUGAAUUAUUUCUUUAUUUUUAAAUUUUAUAUUAAAUGAACGAAUCAUUAAGCAAAAUAAAUACUAAAUAAAUAAUUUCAAAUGAAAUAUAUUACAAAUACAAACAUACAUACAUAUUUAAAAUAAGAUUUAUUUAAUUAUUUUUGUUAUUAUUGAUCUAUUAAUAUAAAUAAAUAAAUGCAUUAAAAUAGUUAUGGUUAAUUUAUUAAUUAUUUUUAUGUAUAACAUAAGAAGUCGUUCAAUAUUUAUGCAACAUUUACAUACAUACAUAACCCAAAACAAUAAAAUAAACUUAUUUUUAAUAUAAAGAAAUAAAAAAAAUCGGAUAUUAUGCAUGCAUAUAAAUAAAAUUAACAAAAUAAAAAAAUAUUAGGUCAAUAUUAUUUAAGUGUCAUUUAAAACAAUGAAAAACAUAAAAUAACACAUUAACCAACCACACAUCCUAUAUCGUGAAAAUCCUAAAGUUCCAGUAAAUCUUUUUUGAUUAAACAUUUUUUACGAACUCAAAAAAUACUUGUCAUUAGAAUUUUUAUAUAUUGCAAACAUAAAAUUAAAAUAAAAUAAUAGCUAAACCUCAUUAAUAAUCAUUAAAAAUCAU